AUGGGCGCUCCACUCCGGCGACGAUGGCGAGCCCGUGGAGGUGGUGCUCCCUGUGUGGAGUCCUUGUACAGGAAUCCACGCGGACUGCCGUUCUGUCGUCUCCAGGGGGCGACAAUGCUGGCGGCGCGCUUCGUCAAGGGUGCGGAGAUGGCUGCGGGUGAUGCGGACUGCAGGAGUGUGGAUCGAGCUCGAGCUUCCCUCGGCGCGAGUCGACAGCGAGUUUUGAUUCAAGAUCGGAGGAGCCUGGGGCGCGUCCCCAGCCGACGCUUCUUCAACGACGGAAUCGUCCCGGCCUCAGUGUUGGGCAACUACUGCAGCUCGAUAAAGCUUCUAUGCGAUGGAGUUCCUCCAGAUCUGGGCGGCGGCGGGUGCUCCUGA